CAAUUUCACAUUGACAUUUCCCCUAUUUCAAUUUCGCAACCUACACCAAUCUCUCUCCUCCGCAAACUAGGGUUUUCAGAUCAUUGUCUUCGACAAAAAUGGGGAAGAUUCCGGUGAAGAUGAGGGCGGUGCAAUACGCUUUGUCGCCGUACCAGCAGAAGGUGAUGCCCGGAUUAUGGAAAGAUCUGCCCGGAAAAUUGACUCACAAGGUGACGGAGAAUUGGAUUAGCACCACUCUUUUGCUCGGACCUCUCGUCGGAGUUUACUCCUAUGUUAAUUGGUACCAGGAGAAGGAGAAAUUGGAGCAUCGCUAUUAGGUUUUGUUUCCAGAUCCUUCUUUUUUCUUCUAUCUCCUGAGUUGAAUGUUUCUAAGCUCAGAUCUUUGAUUUUUGUUUUGAGGGAAAUUUGUAGAAGUUUUUCUACUCUUGGAUUUAUGAUGGUUUUGAUGUGGAUUUUGAAAAAAUUUCACUGGUAUUGAACAAAGUUGAAAUAAGUUUGAUGAAUUUGUUAUUAUUAUUCGGUUGAUUUA